GUUUCAUCGCCGAAGGAAUAUAAUUCUCCGGUGAACUUCUCUUCUUGUUACACGAAAUACCUCAGAAAUUGUGACAUUUUUUAUUCUUUUCGCGAUCUUUUGUUGUUUGUUUUGUUGUGUCAUUGUGUUCCUUUUUUUGCUUUGGAUGUUGGCCGCAACACUGGAUGCAUGAAGACUCUAUGCUUUGGAUUAUUGGAUAUGGACUCCAACGUCACACAGACCCAGGGAGGGGAACGUGUCGUUUGGGAGUACCAUACCGUGACCUUGGGCAGGGUUGCGGGAUAUGGAUUUGGCAUUGCAGUAAGUGGGGGCAAAGAUAGCCCUCAUUUCUCUAGUGGAGAUCCAGCUAUUGCCAUCUCAGACGUCCUUAAGGCAGGCCCUGCUGAAGGAAAACUGCUAAUAAAUGAUAGACUAGUCAGUGCCAAUGGAAUAUCAUUAGAAAAUGUGGAUUACACAAGAGCUGUACAAGUGUUAAGAGAAUGUGGAAAUUCUGUCAAUCUGGUCAUUAAACGCAAAGUAACCUCAUCAAACAAUACUAACAGUUCACAAGCAGUAAAAGUUACCCUUUCGAAAAGUAAAAAGAAAGAUGAUUUUGGGAUUGUUUUAGGAUGUAGAAUUUACGUAAAAGAAAUUACAAAUCAAUCUAGUAUAGAAAAAGAUGGUUCUGUUCAUGAAGGUGAUAUAAUAUUAAAGAUAAAUAGCAACAGUACAGAUAGUAUGACUCUAAAAGAAGCACGGAAAUUAAUAGAAAACACCAAGGAGAAAUUACAACUGGUGAUUAAGCGGGAAAACAAUAAUUCAUUUACCACGAACACAAAUGGACACCAAAUUACUAGCAAUGAUCAUUCACCAUCAUCUCCAUCUAAUUCAUUUGAUGCCAUCAAUGAACGAUCUCACUGGAGCAAUCAGAAUUUAUAUGUUCAACCCCCUACUAGAGGUGAAACCAAAAUACCACCUCCUUUACCUGAUCGGGGUGAAGAAAAAAAUAACUUGGCAAGGUUGCAGUCUGGUAGGAACAGAGGACCCAUUAUGGACAUAUCUCUAAGUCAAUUAGAUCAACCAGCAACUCCAUUACUAACUGGACAUGGGCAUUCUAGAGCUCCAGUUGGUUUAGAUGAUGAAGAGCCCUUACAAAGACCACCACUACCUCGCAUAGAUGAAUUCUCAGGACGUCAGUUCGAUGAAGAUCCACUUUCAAGGAGAAACAAAGCCAUACAACCAGAACCACGCUUCAUUUCCUUCCAAAAAGACGGCAGUGUUGGUAUACGUCUCACUGGAGGUAAUGAAGUUGGGGUUUUUGUGACAGCUGUGCAGCCUGGUAGUCCAGCUUCACUCCAAGGACUACAACCUGGUGAUAAAAUACUUAAGGUGAAUGAAAUGGAUAUGCGGGGUGUAACAAGAGAAGAUGCUGUUUUGUAUCUCCUAAAUAUUCAAGAUUUUGUAAAUUUAGUUGUACAGCACUUAAAAGAAGAGUACGAUGAAAUUGUUGCAAAUCAACGAGGUGAUUCAUUUUACGUCAGGACACAUUUUUCAUAUGAAGGAUCUGGUAAAGGAGAAAUUGCAUUUCAUGUUGGAGAGGUAUUCCAUGUCAUUGAUACUCUGCAUAAUGGUGUAGUUGGUUCUUGGUUAGUAUACAGGAUAGGAAGAAAUAAUCAAGAGAUUUUGAAAGGUGUUAUUCCAAAUCGAAACAGAGCUGAGCAGUGGGCACAAGAGCAACAAAAUCAAGCAAAAAAGGAUGCUGCUUCAGAAAGUAGGGGUAGCUUUUUUAAGAGAAGAAGUGCCCGUCGUUCCAAAUCCCUCAGCAAAGAUCAUUGGGAGGAUGUGGUCUUUGCUGAUGGAAUAUCAAAAUUUCCUGCUUAUGAAAGGGUUACUCUUAAGCAUCCUGGUUUUAUACGACCUGUUGUAUUAUUUGGGGCUUUAGCAGAUGUAGCUAGGGAUAAGCUACUCAAGGAUUAUCCAGAUAAAUAUGCUUCUCCACAAUUAGAUGGUCAUUUGGAUGAUAUACCUAAAAGUCAAAAGUCAUCAGGCAUCGUCCGGUUAAGUGCAAUCAAAGAGAUUAUUGAAAAGGGAAAACAUGCCAUAUUAGACAUUACACCUAGUGCAGUGGAUCGCCUUAAUUAUGCUCAGUUUUAUCCCAUUGUGAUUUUUAUGCGUGCUGAAAACAAACAUACAGUCAAAGAACUACGAUCUCGUCUAGCCAAAUCAAGUCAUAAAAGCUCAAAGAAAUUGUAUGACCAUGCUGUUAAACUUGAAAAACUGUGGUCUCACAUAUUUACUGCCACCAUCACAUUAACAAGUGCUGACAUGUGGUAUAAAAAGUUAAGAGAGACUAUUGACAAACAGCAACAACAGUCCAUCUGGAUAUCAGAAUCUAAACCUGAGGAAGCAAUAUCUGAUGACUUCCUUUUUCCUAUGACCUCUCGCCUGAGUUAUGCUUCAUCUCCAGAAAGUGAUUUAGAAUUAGCUACCGACAGUCGUCCUUCGGGCCUUCAAGAUCUCGGAUUGCCUGGUAGUGAUAGGCACAUGGUCAAAGCUUCCAGUGAUCCAAGUAUAGCCACGCAGGAUGAAAUGUCUGGCCCUCCUGGGUACAAUCAGUUGCCUGGUUAUACUACUGCCAGAUCUCGUCAGUUGCCAUUUGAAUUCCUACAGCAGCAACAGGAUUCACUACCACCUUCCUCCGAUGCAAGGGAUUCAAUUAGCCCAUCAAAAUACAACCCAGGAGGUGAAACCAUUUCGAAAGCUCGUUCACCCCACCAGCCAGAACCACCACCACGAGUGGACCGAGCGAACAAGCCUACUCAUUACCGAACUGCCCAAGAGAGACUUUUUGCUCGGGGUCGACACUCUCUCUUGAUUGAAGCUGGUCGUGAUCAACGUGAACCUCCAGAUUAUAUAAAUACUGGCGCUCAGCCUCAUUCAUUGGAAAGACAAAAUGGAAGACUGGGCACAUUUGACAGUUCAUCAUACAGCAGUGAUUCUUACAACCAGUAUGACAAAAACAGAGGAGAGGCCACCUAUGGUUCAAAUACUGGCAUGAACAGCCGAUCACCACAUAAUCCUUAUAAGUACACUAGAAGUACUGCACACCCAUCCCAAAAAUCUAUGAAUAUAGACCAUGGUAGAGUGCCACCUCCCAAUAAAUACAGUCGACAUCAUGAAGAGCGACCAACUCCACCUUCACCUCCUCCGAAACCUUCCAGUUAUCAACAAAGGAUGUCUGAUGGAAGACCUGUACCACCACCUAAACCAGGGCAAUACCAGUCAAGGCCAUGGAGACCUGAAGAUGAUGUUCCUCCUCCUCCUCAUGGUGGUAUGCGUCCCAUGCAACACGAUUUUUCAACACCCAAUCAUCGCUCAUCAGAAGCCAUGCCUCCUCCCUACACUCCCAACCAGAGAAGUCGCAACAGUCUGGACUUCAUGGGCUCUCCACCGUACUACACCCCCAGAAACUAUCCGCCCAACGACAUGCUCGUGUUGCCUCCUAAGCACUCGCCUCCUCCCCCUGUGCCAGAUGAGCAACACGAUGGCUACAGGAACCCAAAUCUCGGUUCUCCCAGUCGAAGACAUUAUAAAUCGGACGAUAACGGCGGAUUCGACUCCGGUCGUGGAAGUAGUUUGGACAGGAACUAUGACGUGCGGUCUUAUACAAAAGCCAUGGGGAAUCCCCCCUCUUGGCCAUCCGUGCACAUGAAUGGUGGGGGGCCUUACCACAAUGUGCCUUAUCGAGGGCCGUCGCGAAGGGACCCAAUUUAUCCACCACCAUAUGACCAUCAUUCUUCACCUCCACAGCCACCACCAUCCAGUCUCAUCGACCUGUCUAAUCGAGAAAAUAGGGGGAGUGCUUUCGAACUGUACAAGAAACCAGAUUCACGCUCACAGAUGGGAAUGCAAUCUUUAACUAAUGCUGAUAGAGCUAAAUAACUUUUUUUUAAAUCAUUCUUAAAAGCGAUACUUCCUUGUUGGUUACAACUGUUGGUCAUGUAUAGGCAAAGAGAAGGCAAAAUAUGUUCCAUGAAAAGUAGUCUGCCUGUUGUUGGAAAUUGUGAUAUGUUUUUGAUAUCUGGUGUAAAAAGAACUUUUAUCCUCAAAUAGAUAGAUAUUUUGGAAACCAAAUAUUUUGCUAAAAAGUUUGUUAAGCAUUUUAUAUACAAUCAAAAUUUAAUCUGUUGAAAAUUGUCAAUGUGUAAACAAUCACUCAUGCUAAAACAGUGUAACUCAAUACUUUUUAAAAAUGUGCUACAUGUGUUAAUGCAAAAUAACUACAUUUGCAUCUUCCGUUAAGAACACCCUGUCUCCCAAAGACACACAAUGUUUUGAGGAAAAAAAUAUGUAUUAAUGAAAGUGAAUAAAAAUUCCAUUGUAUUCACUGUUCUUCAUAAAUUUAACCAUAUGCUUCAGAGUCAAGCUUGCAAAAAUAUUCAGUUACAUUUUAAAUUGAGUUUCUGCACUUUUACUUUUGAAAUGCUUUUCAUUUUAUCAAUUAAAUUUAUGACAGUAAUGACUAGUUGCAAAACAUUCCAAAUAAGUGAGCUCUGUAAGAAAGAGCUGUGAGAUACUUAGAACCCUUGUUUUAACCCAUAUUGCCAAUCCUAGUAUGUUAAUUUACAUGCAUGUAUAAACAUACAUGCAUGUAUGAAUGCAUGCAUGCUCAAGAACACCCCCCCCCCCCUCCCUUCAGGAAAAUUCU